UGUAAAUUUUGUUGGAAACCAUUUGCUUCACAUGCAGCACAUGAUAGUCAUGUACGUAGAACUCAUUCACUAGACAGUAAACUAAUGAAUAUUAAUCAAACUUUUCAAGUGAAUAACAUCUUAACAACAUCAACUACUGAUUUUAAACUUACAAUGGAAUGA